AGAGUAGGCAAAUCAAACUCGCUGCUGCUAAGAAAAAGCUGAAGGAGUUUCAGCAGAAGAGCUACCCUGCCAGUGGAGGAGGAGAAAAGGGAGGAGCAGGGGCUAAAAAGAAGAGGAAAGGUAAAGGAGGAAGCCAACCUGAUAUGCCCGCAGCAGACAGAGACUCUCCAGACAAUACCUGUGCUGACCUGGAUGCCAGAGGGUCUCCAGUACCACAGCUGCUGGUGGACCUUAAAGGAGAGCCUGAUUGUGGCUUGCCUCUGUCUAACCCUGCUAGUGUUAUAACCACUACUAACCCUGAGUCUGUCAGUAACAACACUGAGCUGCAGAACUACCCUGACACCAAUGGAAAUGACAAUUUGAUGGAGGAAAAUAGACCACUGUCUUCCACAGAGAGCCUGCGGCAGCUUUCCCAGCAGCUGAACGGCCUGGUCUCUGAGUCAUCUAAUGCUUAUGUCAAUGGGGAUGGUGUACCUUCUCCAGCUAAUGAAAAAGAACUGGAGAGUCGUAAUCAGGAGCUGGCUGCUGCCCUGGACUCCAGCAAUUUAACAAACUCUCAGCUAAAUACCAGGCUCGACCGGCUGACACAGCAAUCUCAGGAGCUCACAGUCCAGCUACAAAAGGAGCGAAAAGAAUUUGAGCAAAAAUUUGCAAAAGAGCAAGGAGCCAUGCGAGAACAACUACAGGUCCACAUUCAGACCAUUGGGAUCCUGGUAUCGGAGAAAUCAGAGCUGCAGACAGCAUUGCAAUACACACAACAAGCUGCACGGCAGAAAACAGGAGAAGCAGAGGAGCUGAGUAACCGUCUGCAGACCACCAAGCAAAGAGUAUCAGAGCUGGAGAGAACUCUCUCCUCCGUCUCCACGCAGCAGAAACAUGUAGAAAAGAAUAAUAAAGAACUUGAAAAGGAGAGAGACAACCUAAGGCUAGAGGUCUACAGACUGAACAAUGUGAGUGAAGAGUGUAAGCAGCAGGGCUCAGAGCUAUCAGAGCGGCUAAAGCUUAGUGUGCAGGAGAAAGGAGCCAUGCAACUAGAGUUAGAAGAGCUCCACAAGAGGCUGGAGAUGGCUGACCUCAUGAUACAACAGUUCUCCAGUCAAUCAGGACCUCCAACUGCCAACCAGCAGGUCCAGUUACUACUGGAAGAGAAGCAACAGCUGGAGGCACACAAUCAUCAGCUGGUGGAGUCAGUAGCUCAGCUGCAGACUGAGAGGGACCGCUAUGCUGAUCAGAUCCAGGAGGAGGGACGCAUAUGGAAGGACAAGACAGAACAGCUGCUGACACAGGUGACAUUGGUGGCAGAGGAAAGAGACAGGAAUAUCAACCAGGUCCAAGAACUAGAGACCCAAAUUGCAGAACUGAAAAACACUGCAGCAAUACUGUCACAACAGAGAGAGACCCAGGGCCAUGAGGAGUCCCAGACCUUAGAGUCAUCAGAGACUGAGGUGGCCCUGCAAGAGGCCAUCAACCACCUGCAGCAAGAGAAAGAUGCUCUGAGUGCACAGUACCAGGCACAAUUGCGUGACAAUGAGCAGCUGAGCCGGCUAUGUGCAGAGCAAGAGACCCGUCUUGGGGAUCUGGAGCGGCAGAUAGAGAGCCAGGCCCAGGAGGAAGAAGACCGCCGACGCAUGUUGGAGGAUGUCCAGUCAGAUAAAGCCACUAUCAGUCGCGCCCUCACUCAAAACCGGACACUCAAGGACCAACUAGCAGAACUGCAGAACGGCUUUGUCAAACUAACUAAUGAGAACAUGGAGCUGACCAUUGCCAUCCAGUCAGAGCAGUAUGUCAAGAAGGAGCUGGCACGCAAGAUGGGACAACUCCAAGAGGACUUGCACAAUGUCAAGGAGCAGCUGGAUCUAAAGAGUCAGGAGACUCAAGGUCUGAUGGAGCAGAGGGACCAGGUGGUGGCACAUCUGCAGCAGUACUGUGCUGGCUACCAAUCUCUUAUGUCAGAGCGAGAGCAGCUUCAUCACCAGUAUCUACAGCAGAGCCAGCUCAUGGACCGCUUGCAGCAUGAUGAGAGCCAAGGUCGCGUAGAACUGGAGAUGAGUCACCAACAAUUAAAACAAGCACAGGAGCGUUUAGAUCAGUUGGUCACUGACAACCAACAGCUGAAGGUCGAGGUUCAGGAGCUGCUGAACAAUUCUGCCCUUGUAACACCGCCCAGAGACCAAGGAGAUGGGGUGGAGAGCCAGUCCCUGCAGGAGAGUCCGAAUAAGUCAUCAUCUGUAGUUAUUCCUGAAGACUUUGAGAGCCAGAAAGAGAUGAAGGAAUUUAUCCAAGGGGCCUUAUCCCAGGUUGAGGCAGAAAGGAAAGAUGAAGCCUGGAGACAACUUGAAGAGGAGCAUAGGCUCCAAACGUCAGCACGUCGCCAGGUCAAUGUGGCACUCAGCCUAGAGCACCAGCACCACAGCCAUAGUCAGGAACCCUGUGACCAUAACCACAGUCACAACCAUGACCAGCAUAAUCACUGUGAACAUGGUCAAGAACAUACAGGAGGCGGGGUUCCAGUGGAGGUCCAUGAAGCCCUACAUGCUGCUAUGGAGAAGCUCCAGCAGCGCUUCACCUCCCUCAUGCAGGAGAAGGCUGAUCUAAAGGAGAGGGUAGAGGAGCUGGAGCACCGCUGUAUCCAGCUGUCAGGAGAGACUGACACUAUAGGAGAGUACAUAGCUCUGUACCAGAACCAGCGGGCGAUUAUGAAGCAAAAACAUCAGGAGAAGGAGCAGUACAUCAGCAUGCUGGCCCAGGACAAGGAGGAAAUGAAGGCUAAGCUGGCAGAGCUGCAAGACCUUGUGAUGAGGCUGGUGGCUGAAAGAAAUGAUUGGUAUAACCGCUACACUGGAGUUACAGUUAAUGCUGGCAUACCGAACCCUGAUCUGCUGCUAUGUGGAGAGGAUCACACUCACACAGAGCAACCAGCAAACACAUGCACGGAACUUAAUGCUGUUAGUGGAGUAGAAUCCAUGGAGGUCAUUCCUCUCUCAGAGCCCACCCCAGGCGUGGACACCACCUUGCACCAGACCUUAAAAACAAGGUCAGCCCCCACUGACCCUGAGGCCCUUGGUCCCAAGGAGGAUGGCACUGCAAGACAAAUCAUGCAACUGCUUCAGGAGAUCCAGAACCCCCUGGGAGCACCACGUUCACCCCCCUUCCUUGGAGAGAAUCCAUGUAUUCCCUUCUUCUAUCGACCUGACGAACAGGACGAGGUUAAGAUCUUGGUGGUCUGAGACAUGAGUAGUUUAGGGAGGUGGGUUGUGUGUGUGUGCAUGUGUGUGGUCAUCUUGGAUCAUCCAUUUACCUCUUAGUUCAACGUAUUUGUAUUAGGUCAUGGAUUAUAAUUUAAUAUACUAUUCCAUAGCUCCAAUACUGGACAACGAAGAUUUUGCUUCCUGAACACUUUUGGGUGUAUUUUAUGGAUUUUGGGCUGCUGAUCACGAAAACCAACCUAAAAUUUUCCUAUCACAUACCAACACGGGGAUCACCGGUUCAAAUCCUUGUGUUACCUCUGGCUUGGUCGGGUGUCCCUACAGACACAUUUGGCCGUCUCUGUGGGUAGGAAGCCAGAUGUGGGUAUGUGUUCUGGUCGCUGCACUAGCACCUGCUCUGGUUGGUCGGGGCACCUGUUCGGGGGGGGGGGCUGGGGGGAAUAGCAUGAUCCUCCCACACGCUAUGUCCCCCUGGUGAAACGCCUCACUGUCAGGUAAAAAGAAGCGGCUGGCGACUCCACAUGUAUUGGAGGAGGCGUGUGGUAGCCUGCGACCCUCCCCGGAUCAGCAGACAGGGCGGAGCAGCAACCGGGAUGGCUCAGAAGAGUGGGGUAAUUGGCCAAGUAAAAUUGAUGAGAAAAAUGGGGGGGGGGGGAUUUUCUAUCACAUACCAUUUUGUAUGUGAUACCAUCAUAUUGUACCAUCAUAUUUUAAGUCUACUAUAUUGCCCACAAAGCAAGCUGUUUUGGUCAGUCCAAGCAUGCCUGGGCAGUGUAGGUGCUAUGCAGAUGUUGUCUUAGGCAUGUCUGGGUAUGCUUAGUCAGGUUAGAUGCUGGCAGACGGACUAUAAAAGCUGCUCACAUUUACAGAAGAUUUAAUACAGCAGAAAUAUCUCAUCAGUGUUUCAACAGCUGCAAUACAUCUGUGGUGAGUUUACACUUAAGGCUCAAAGACGCACCAUGACUGCGCUUAUUAAGAAAGCCUAUGAGCUCUACUUCAGAUGUGAAAUUUGUGACCAAGAGAAACCCUGGGCUCCUGACAUUUGUUGUGCAACAUGUGCAGUCAACCUGAGAGCUUGGCCCAUAGGAACUCGGAAGUCAAUGCCAUUUGCUGUCCCAAUGAUGUGGCGAGAACGUGACCACGUGACGGACUGUUACUUCUGUCUGACCAAUGUAUCUGGCUUGUCUACUACAAAUAAGAAAUCUAUUGAACACCCCAAUCUGCCUUCAGCCAUGAUUCCAGUGCCACUUGAUGACAGUUUGCCAGUACCGAAGCCACCAGAGACACAGAGCCUAGAUGAGGCAGAUGAGGAUGUCACAAUGCAUGAACCAGAUGUGAAAAACGACACUGAUACAGAUGUUGAACUCUUCAUGCUCGGUUAUCCUUAUCUGAUAACAGCCAGAAUUAAAUGACCUGGUCAGGAACUUAAAUUUGUCAAAAGCUAAAGCAGAGCUAUUUGGUUCAAGAUUGCAAGGAUAGGGUUUGCUGUCUCCGGGUACAAAUAUUUCUAUCUUUCGGAACCAACAAGAACAUUUGACAAACUUUUUUACGUAGGUUGACAACCUCUGUUUCUGCACUGACAUUGACGUAUUGUUCAUGGCUUUGGGUUGUGUGCAUGACCCACAACAAUGGCAUCUUUUAAUAGAUUUGUCAAAACUGUCCUGUUAUACAGUGACAGUGUCCACCCUUCAGUACCCAUUGGCUAUGCAGUACACAUGAAAGAAACCUACAAUAACAUAGAACUGUCAUUGAAACACAUACAGUACAACAAUUACGACUGGAACAUUUGUGGUGAUCUAAAAGUAUUGGCACUGCUACUAGGAAUGCAGCUCGGAUAUACAAAGUACUGUUGUUUCCUUUUGAAUGGGAUAGCCGUGCUAGAGUCACGUUACAUAAAAAAGAACUGGCCGCUCUGUAAGCACUUCGUUCCAGGACAGAAAAGUGUGGCGCAUAAAGCACUUGUUGACCUAACAAAGAUAUUUCUGCCUCCUCUUCAUAUAAAACUUGGAUUUAUGAAACAUUUUGUGAAAGCAAUGAACAAAGAAGGUGAUGGAUUUCGCUAUUUGAGACAGAUGUUGCCAAGAAUAACUGAUGGCAAGAUUAAGGAAGGCAUUUUGGUUGGCUACAAGUCAGACAGGUCAUCAGUGACAGGAAGAAGAUCUGCUGGUGGGGCCAGAGAAAAUAACAUGGAAGGCAUUUAAGGAUGUUGUUGAGAAUUUUCUUGGCAACUACAGAAUACCAAACUACAUUGAGCUGCUGACAACAUGCUUAAAGCAUACAAAACCAUGAAGUGCAACAUGUCAUUGAAAACUCAUUUUCUGCAUUCACACUUGGACUUCUUCCCUGCUCAUCUUGGUGCAGUCGGUUGCACCAGGACAUUGUGACCAUGGAAAAGAGGCAUCAGGGCAAUUGGAAUCCAUCAGUGCUGCCCAACUGUUGUUGGACCACUGACACAAGAGGCACCAGAUGCUGAGUACAAACGAAAAUGAGCUGCAAAACAUUUUAAGCUCAGUUGAAAUAACACAAUGGGUCAGCAUCAUUAUGCAGUUAAACAUGUUAGAUUCAAUAAAAGUUAUAUAAAUGUUUCUUCAAAUUCCUACGUGAUACAGCAAAUCAGAAUUAUUUUCGUGUUCAGCUUGACAUUGCCCAUCAUAAUCCCUAAUAUUUUUCAGGAAGCAAAACUUUUGAAAAAUGUGUUAUCCAAACUGAUCACAAAUUAGUUUAUGUUGUUGACCAGUGUCAUUAGCAUGGUCUUUCUUCCAUUCUGUACGUGUGUGUGUGUGUGAGAGAGAGAGAGAGAGAGAGAGAGAGAGAGAGA